AUGAUGACCCCAUAUAGGGGUAGAGGCCGCGGUUAUGGCCGUGGUGGGAGAGGGAGUAACAAUAUGUUACCCCAGCCAGAAUCAAACAUUCCUCUAAUAGGGGAUUGGACUACUGUCUACAAAGGUAGAAAAGUGCAGCAAUUACCUGCAUCUUCAGCAAAAAGGGAAGAUAUUGCUUCCUCUUCCUCUAAUAAAACUACAUCCUACAAGGAAGUUGCGAUUAAUAACCCACCUCAAGAACAAAUGGAUUAUUUUGAAAAUCCAGUAACUGAGAAAAUCAUGUAUAUUGAUGAUGAAGAUAUAAAGAUAAAUCUAAAUGAUGGAUGGUCUAUCAAAACUAGAUACCUCGAAUCAAGAGGAUAUUCAGGUCUUCAUGGAAAAUCUAGGCCCAACCUAGAAAUUCUCCUGACUGUUACCGAAUCGGUAACAAUUACUCACCAUUACCAAAACAAUAAUCCUGAAAGUUUUAUAAACUUCAGUAAAUGUCACAUUAACAAAAUUUUGUUACCAAGAGAAUUGGGUCUCAACCCAAAUGCGGAAAAGGCAAUAAGAAUUGCAGAAAGAAAGUAUAUUUAA